AUGAACACAAGUAGAUCUACAACGUCGCAUAUGGGAUGGUCAUUCGAUCCAAAAUCUCGAAAGAGUAGAGGCUUGUGGAUAGACGAAGACGGAAUGACACCAUCAUCAUCAUCAGAAGUACUCAAGCCAGCAGCAUCUCUCGCCGAUUCGUUCACACUUCGAAAGCUGAAACCUUAUGAUCGAAUAGCAGUUGAGACGUUAUGCAAUGAGUCAUUUCCAAUACAGUAUCCAGAUUUUUGGUACGAUGAAGUUGUCUCCGGAGGACUGACGUCGACCGGUCUUUUUGAUGGGGAGAAUCUUGCAGCUAUGAUUGUUUCGGAAACCAAAUUUGUAACGGACUGUAACCUCGAGGACCAAGAUAUUAUUUCCGAAUCGAACGUCCAUGUCACCUAUAUUCUCUCCAUCGCAGUAAACAAAAAGUUCCGAAGAUUGGGUCUCGCCACGCGAUUGCUGAACAAUUUGAUGGCUUCACUGAUUGAUCAUCCACCGUACACCCGAGUUGUCUUCCUUCAUGUAUUAUCCACAAACUCGGCCGCGCUCUCCUUCUACAAAAUGCACGGAUUCGAGUUUCACGCUUCACUGCCAGACUACUACCGAAUUGGAGAUCAGCAUGCUGACGGUUGUACAUAUGUAAAGUAUACUAACGGAUCACAUGCCCAAAUCUCCUUCUCGGAUGUGUGCAAAACGUUUGGAAGUACAAUAUGUAUGCCGUUGAAGGCCAUCUGCAAAAUGCUAUCGUUUUAG